AUGCCGGAGACAAUUGACCAAAAGUACAACAAAAUCGAGAAGAUCGGAGAAGGCUCAUAUGGCAUUGUUUACAAAGCCAAGAACAAAGAAAGUGAAGGUUUAGUUGCCCUCAAGAAGAUUCGCCUCAACACAGAUUUUGAGGGAGUUCCAUCAACGGCCAUUCGUGAGAUAACGCAUCUCAAAUCGCUUAGGCACGAAAAUGUAGUUCGAUUGUUUGAUGUAAUUCUCUGCGACAACUUUCUUUACCUUGUAUUCGAGUACAUGAACCAAGACCUUAAAAAGUUGUUGGACCACACGCCUUCAGAAGGACUGCCACCUAAACUUAUAAAAAGCUACCUCUGGCAGUUGUUAAAAGGCAUUUCGUACUGUCAUAUGAACCGUGUUCUUCACCGAGAUAUGAAACCCCAAAACCUGCUAAUCGACAAAAACGGAUACAUUAAAAUUGCUGAUUUCGGACUUGCGCGUGUGUUUACUCUUCCGAUGCGAAUCUUCACUCACGAAGUGGUCACCCUGUGGUAUCGAUCUCCCGAGAUUCUUCUCGGAACCAAUUACUACGGUCCUUCAAUCGAUCUGUGGAGUAUCGGCUGCAUCUUUGCGGAAAUGUCCAACAAAAAGCCGCUCUUCUCGGGAGACAGUGAAAUUGACCAGAUAUACCGAAUUUUCCGCACUCUUGGUACGCCCGACUUGAAAACUUGGCCUGACGUUGCCAAGCUUGAAGACUACAAGCCCAACUUUCCUAAAUGGCAAAAGCAGAAUUUAAAUAGACUUCUAACUAAUUUCGACGAUGUUGCCAUCGAUCUUCUUGAGAAAUUGCUCAUCUAUGACCCUAACCAACGAAUUUCUUCAACGAAAGCCCUCACUCAUCCUUACUUCAAUGACGUUUCCUCCUGCCUGCCAACCAACUAUGUCAAUAUUGAAUGA